AUGCAGAUGUUUCCCCCAAGCCCACUAUUUUUCUUCCUUCAAUUGCUGAAACAAAGCUCCAGAAGGCUGGAACAUACCUUUGUCUUCUUGAGAAAUUUUUCCCGGAUAUUAUUAAGAUACAUUGGCAAGAAAAGAAGAGCAACACGAUUCUGCGAUCCCAGGAGGGGAACACCAUGA